AGUACAGUAGUAUAAUUUCAUAUAUAUGUGUGUGUAUAGAUAUUUAUAUAUAUCAAUACAUUUAUAUGAAAAUAAAAAAAACGAUCGAGGCCAAACGUCGAACGGAGGCUGUUUCCGCCCCCUUGUUUUCUCGUAUUACAUUCGCACCAAUUUCAAUUCAUAAUUCGUAAUCAAAUUGAAGGAUUAGAUAGUUGAGUAAUGAAUUUGUUGUGGAUUGCCGCUAAUACGUAAUUUUAAACGUAAUGAUGAGCACAGUGUAAUGCAAUCUUGAACUUUCGUACAUCAUUAGGUUUAUUUGGUUUGAACACUUUUUAUUUUUCUUUACGAAUUGCGCAGUGUUUCGAGUGUGUGCGUGUUUUGUUUUUCUUCGACUUUCUGACAAUUGUCAAAUCACGUCAAUGACUUCACUUCCGCGCACUUUCUCGUCUUUGCGCUACAAAACUUCUAGAAAAACGAUGACGCGAUCGUUUCCUCGUUAAUACUUGACAAAACUCUCUUGUUUUUUUCCUUCUAUUUACAUUGGCCACUGUUUACAACAAUAUUUUGGACCUUACUCAUGGCGCUUCGUAUAAUGUCAGCGAUUGUGCCAGGAACGCAAAAUCCAAGCGAAGCAGAACAAGAGCGGAAUCACAUAGCAGACCGGCAAAAAUUACAAGAGGAUCUUUUGGGAGCUGCAAAACUCUGUCACAUUAGAUAUGGAGGCCGUGCAGAAUUAGCAACUGAAUCAGAUCAAUGUGUCUCUAGACUUUGCUAUGCUUUCGAAGCCAUUUUUCGGCAUGGGCUGCGAUCAAAUAGAUUGGAAAAGCUUAAUUCUGCCUUGAGACACGUAUCAGAUUUAGUUUCGGGUGGCAAUUCAAGAAACGGUAGCACUCUGGACAUAGCAUUUUGGCCGUGUAUCCGAGAACAAUUGACGUGGCACGAACAGGAUCGUUUUAGCGUUUUGAGAAAAGUUAACAGUGAUCUUGGUCGUGGUAGAGCUUGGUUACGAGCUGCGCUGAACGAGCGUUCUCUGGAACGUCAUUUGCAUGCUGUUAUUGACGCCGAUGCUCUAAGCCCAUAUUACGAAGACUGGGCUUUCCUUCGAGAUCAAGAACGAAGUUCUGUUCUACCAAACGUUGCUGCAGGUCUAGGAACGAUUCUCUUUGCAAUCAGAAUAGACAACGAGGAACUUGAUGACAAAUCGGCCAGCAGCGAAAUAGCCAAAUGUCGAGUUUUUCAAUCGGAGCCAAUUAUUCCGACGGUGUUAACAGGAAAUUCGAGUACGAACCGAGAGAGAAGAAAAAAAGUGCCAACCCAUAUUAUAUCAUUCGACAAUGACGAGGAAGACAACGAAGGAGACGAAAGUUACAAUGGUUCAACAACAAUAUCAGCCAGUGCACCACCGACUUGCUUAAAUUCACCGACCUCCUUGACUAUUCCGAAAGAUGCAGCACUUCCAGAAAAUACGUCACCGAGUAGCUCCAACGAACAGCAGAAAAGAGAACCCGACAAUGCUGUGUUGGACAUUAAGACAGUCGAUUGGGAAAGAAGCGAUUCUCUGGAAGACGAAAAGGUAUUAACUCCAGUUACAGACACGGGAAACAUGGGAGGGCUUGUGCCAGUUUCUCCCUUGGAUCAGACACUCGACGACAUGCUCGUUACUCUGCCGAGCUAUAUGGACGAUGGUAGUGAAGUGACCGAGGCAGCGAUCGAAGCAACGGAACCUUUGGUUGGCUUAGACAUCCACGUGGAUGCUCAAAAUCUCGAUAUAAAUGCCCUGCGAACUCGUUUGAUUGCAAUGAGUGAAGUUCUCGAGCAAGCUCGAGACGACGCUGUCACAAGCCGAUCUCAAUUGGCACGCUUUCAACGACAGCAUCAAAAUCAUAUCGAGCGUCACGAGCUUCAGGUUCAAGCUUUGAAUCGUGAGAACGAACUGUUGCGACAGCAAUUACGGAAAUACGUAACAGCUGUUCAAAUGCUCAGAAGAGAUUCUGACUCGACUACCGUUUCUGAAGAAGAUCCAACUUCAUUGAAUUAUCACGACGAGGCACAGCAGUAUCAGGAAAAACUCAUUCAAGUUGCUGAAAUGCACGCGGAACUUAUGGAAUUCAACGCUAGACUCACGAUGCAAUUAACCAAUAGGGAUCGAUUGGUUAAACUUCUUCAAGCAGAAUUGGAAUGUUUACGCGGACCGUUGAACGAGGAUGAUUUGCCAACCGAACCACCGUGUCUCAUACACAUUUGGAUCCCAUCAGCUUUUCUUACUGGUCAAAAUUCCGACGUUCAUCACGUAUACCAGAUCCAUGUGAGAAUUCGCGAUAACGAGUGGAACAUAUAUCGUCGUUACGCUCAAUUCCACGCGCUUCAUCGAGAAUUAAAAAAACACGAUGCAGUCGUUACAACUUUCGAAUUUCCGCCGAAAAAAACUCUUGGAAACAAAGAUGCAAAAUUCGUGGAGGACAGAAGACAAAAAUUGCAGCAAUGGUUGCGACGAGUCGUUGGGAGAUUGGCUCAAUGUUCACCAGCAUUCGCUUCCAGACCUAGUCGACAAACGCUCGUAUCGUUGAUGCCGUUUUUCGGUGACUUGCCCAGCAACGAAGAUUCGAGAAAAAAUAAUACAGCUCGAAACGCGUUCUCGUCUUCACCGCAAUACAUGGGUUUAUAACUAUUAAACUCUUUUCUUUCAUAGUUAAAUUCUGUAUAUACAUAGCCAUAUGUUAUAACAACGGUAUAAAUCAACUUUAAUCGAAUGUGUAUAUAUAAAAUAUGUACGUACAUAGGGAAAAGGUAAUGCGUAAGGCAUGUCGAUAAUUCCAAAAAGGUCAAUAGCGAAUACUAUUGAAAUCAGACGCUAACAUUUAUAAAGUUUUGUCGGUUUUGUAGAUAAAAAUUAUUAAAGUUUGUCUACUAUUGACCUGAAAAUUGUACAAAAGCUUACCACUGUGUUAUGGUAGUAUUCGGCAAAUGUGUUUAUUCCCCGGACGUUUUAACAUUAGCGACGGUAAAAAAUAAGAAAAAAUCGUAUGCAAUGACAAAAGUAUUGAAAGAUUAUGUAGGAAAGUAAAAAACAAGGCAGGAUAGAAAAAUAAAAAUUGUAACGGGAAUGCGUGCAUAAAUUAGCAAACUGCCGUACUCGAAAUGCAUUCCGAAGUCUAAUUGCUACUUAAAGUGACGUAAAAUGUGCAGGAAGAAUGGUGUUUCCUUUGAUCAUAAAUACAUAAGAUUAAUAAUAGCUAAGGUUUCAUUGACCGAACGAGAUGAUAAAAAGAAAUAAAAAAAUUAUAAUUAAUGUUAAAAGCUGGCCUUUUAUACCGACAAAGGAGAUUAUAUUGCCACUAAUACUGUCCACUUGAAUUUUGCCGAAAACAAACACAUUUAUAAACUGCUCAAAUGUUUCGAGAGUCGAGACGUACGAGGGAAGUCACAGGGAUCUGAAAAAUCUAUUUUUCUAAUUACUUUUGCUCCCCGUCCACAACACAACAAAUUAUAAUUAAGGCUUUCGAAUUUUAUGAAUUUUGUCCUCCCCCCUCCCCCAUACUUUAUCGAAAUGAACACUCCUCAAAUCUGCAUUGGAAUACUUGAUAUUAUUGAAGCGUCAUGAGAAUAAAAUCAACAAUAUUUAAGUAAAGUCCAAGUUGACUCUAAACAGUCAAAGUUGUUUUUUUUUUUUUUUUGUCGAAUUACCAAACUGUUAAAAUUAUUUCAAGUCUAUCAAACGAUUGCUGUCAAGACAUUUAUAAAAAAAAAUAAACCACUGUAAACCAAAACUAAUAUCUUUCGUUGAGAAGAAUUUGUAAUGAGUUAGGAAUUUUCUUUGAACUUCGCUAUGAUUGAAAAAAUUAAGCAAUUCAAAAAAAUUAAGCAAAAAAAAAUUAAGCAAAAUUAAUUGAAUGACCAUUUGUUGAGUGAUUUUUGUUUGAAAUUUUUGAAAGUAUUUUUAAAUUAUAAAAAUCUCAUUAUUUACAAGUUCGAUAAUAAAUCGAUGUAUGUAUAUAAAAAUUAGAAGAAUAGAUUGAGCCUGUUGAAAUGCGGCUGGCCGAUCGGGUGGUGCAGGGAUAAUAAUGUGUAGUGAAAAAAAACGACGAAAAACUAUUCGAACAAACUCACCUUGUAACACGGUUAACAGUUCAACAUAAUCAAAUAAGGGGUCAUUUAUACAUUGUGAUUAAAAUAAAAAUGAAUAUGGAAUAAUUAAA